AUGAUGGAGCCUGCAUUCUCUUAUUUUUCUGGAUACUGUAUACACUUUCUUCUCUUUCAAGUGAUGCCAUCAACUUCAGAGAAUUUGAUGGUGACUGUUCCCAAGGGGCACUUUGUGGCUAGAGUAGGAGGACAGGCUGCUCUCAGCUGCCAGUUGUCCCCACCACAAAGUGCAGAGCACAUGGAGGUGCGCUGGUUCAGGGGUGACAAUUCCCAGCUUGUUUACCUAUACAGAGGCGGUCAUGAAGUAAAUGGAGAAGCUGCCCCUGAAUAUGUAAAUCGUACAGAGUUUGUGAAAGAUGCCAUGGGGGAGGGUAAAAUGACCCUCAAAAUUCAUAAUGUCAGCAUUUCUGAUGAUGGAGCAUACUGGUGUUCAUUUAAGGAUACUGACUUCAGUGAUGCAGCCAGCAUGAAUCUGAGUGUGGCAGCACUUGGCUUGGAGACACAGAUUCGUGUCCAGGUUCCUACUAGUGAUGGACUCGUGGUGGAGUGUAACUCAGGAGGGUGGUUUCCACAGCCCCAAAUGGAGUGGAGAAACAGCAGGGGAGAGGUCGUUCCACAUUCAUCAAAAUCCUACUCACAGGAUGGAGCCAGAUUGUUCCACAUGAAGAUGACUCUUCUCCUCAGAAACCUGUCAGACUGCAAUAUUACAUGCUGUGUUCACAACCCUGUAAUAGGUGAAGAGAAACAAGCAAGUAUUAUCCUAGCACAUGACCUGUUUGAUAAGGAGCACCUUACAAAGAUGUUUUUAAUUUUAUUUACGUCUGCUGCUGACGCUGAUGCUGCUGAUGCUGCUGCUGUUGCUGUUGCCACAGAUGCCAAAGCCACAGAAGCCGCAGCUGCAGAAGCCGCAGAAGCCUCUGCCUCAAAUGGUGCUGCCACAGAGUCCCCAGAGAUCUCUUCUCUGGGCACAGCCUCCAUUACCUCUGAUGUGAAUUCUGACAGUACCGCUGAGGUUGCUGCCACUGAACUGGAAGUCUCAUAUGUCAAUCUACCACAGCCUGAACCACUAUCGCCAUUGUAG